GAGAUAUAUGCCACACUUUGACCACAAGGGUGCUGACACAGUCGACAUAAACAUGGCUGCAUGAAGGUCAAUCGAUGUCAUGUCACGUCGGGACAUGCAGGUGACACAGCUCACCACCGCAAAGAGCCCACCGAGGACAAGCAACAAACACCAGCCAUCUACAGAGGAGGCGAGACACGUGUUUGUCUGUCUGCGAAGGCCAUCCAUCAGCUGUCCUGCUCUUCGUUCUGGAGUGUGGUCAGCGCAUUAGCCAGCGCCACCGCCUGUUGAGCCGCACUCUGCAGCUGCUUGGCGUCAGGCGCCGUCCGAUGACGACCUCUACACACACCACACCACACCACAUCACGCAACCUCACCCACGACGAUCAGGUGUGCACUUCUGCUGUCUGGAUGCUCACUUUCUCGCAGCAGCCAUGAGUUUGGUGGGACUGUCAGUGUCUCCUUCCUCGCCCGGCUGGCCAGCCUCGUCUCCCCCUUGAUGGUCUUGCUUGAGCUGUCUGGACGUAUUGGUUCGCCGGAUACCGCCACCAGCAGCCUCUGAAGCGGGGUUUCUGGCGUCGGAACUCUCAAACAACACCCGUCGGACCUUUACCUGCACAACACAAGACGACACCAACCACCACUCACUGACCAAGUGGUGAAUGGACACAAGGAGACAUACAUACCUGUUUUCCUGCGCCAGCGCGUCUGUGGCCGUCGUCUGUGACCUUGGCGUCGUCCACGCCGUGCUCCCCGUUGUCCCCUCCGUCAGCCGCCCUUGGAGCGGUCUUCGUGGGAGAGUCCGCCGACUUGUCUUGUGUUGUGGGUGGUGCGGCAGUGCGGCUGCUGAGUUGGGCUAGAUGAGAGAAAUGGGCGGUCGUGCGCAGACCUGAGGGACACAUUUCCCGUGUCUGCAGGGGGGAGGCUUCUGCAUUGUGUCGACUGACUUACCCAUCUGCGUGGCCGUCUGAAGGUCUGCGACACCGAUGCUAUCCCACCUGUAUAGCCAGCCGUGAGACAACCGACAGACAGUAGGGAGUGAUGCCUGGACCGUUUAAAUACCUACCCACCUUUUGCCGACAGGUAGUUUUCGAACUCCUGUCUCAGGGUCAAUCUCGCCCUCAUGCCUGAUGCGCUCACGCUGAGACUGGAUCGACUGCACAGAAAGAGGACGGACGUCAUGUCAGUCAGGAGUGGGUUACUCUCCAACACCUACCGCAAUGAGGGGUACGCUGGUCUUGAGCGUGCCCAGCAACUCCUCAGCCUCUGUAGCCACACACACAGCCAGCCAUGGCCAUGGAGCCAUCCCUCCCACUGUGUCUCUAGCUGUGUCGUUGCUUACUCGCUUCGCUCAUUUCUGCGCCGCCCCGCUCCCCUUCCUCUUCUCUGUGUUGCGGCACGUCGGCAGCCACAGGCGCCACAGGAACAGAGGGCGGGGGCAGGUGCAUCGUCGUCAGUAUGCUCGAUGUGGUCGUCGAAGACGUGUCGGCAGCCUUUGCCGGGGAGGGCAGUGUGAGAGGCACGUGAGUGUCGGAGCCGUCUGAUUCGCUUGGGUGGAACCAUGGAUGGCUGAGCGCCUGCAGUGCCGACGCGCGCUUGGCGGCGUCGCGUGACAUCAUCCACUGAGCGAACAGAGCCACAUACAGUAGUGUGGCUGGGCGUUAUUGAUUGAUUUAGCCGCAUACGAGGAGUAGGUCUCUAGCAGCCGCAGACACCGUGGCCCAGUUUUGGUGCCGGAACGACACACUGCACCUGAGACAGAGACACAGUGGGAGGGAUGGCUUGCCAUGGCUGUCUGUGUGUGUUACUUCAGAUUGCGCCUGAGGAUGUCCUUGACAUUGUGGCCCCUGGUAUAAAACGCGGACACUCACUUAUGCACACACUAUGGGCGGUCAUACUUGCCUGAAUGGAGGAAAGCCGACUGGUCGAUGUGUGUGGGAGCAGAGACACAUUUGUACAAUGAGUGGCUGGCGAUCUCUUCAGGUGUAGCGUGCGCUUACCGACCCAGCAUGAUGUGAAGAAUGACACUGAGCCACACACAGGCAAGCCGGACAGACAGAUAUGCAAGACCUUGCAGCAUCUCUCCCUCUUGCCCCCCCCCCCGUACCCAGCGCCAAAUACGUCGGCCUUACAGGCAUAGGGCUUGUCCUCCAGGAUCUCCGGAGCUGCGCACGCACACCCACACCCACACAGGCACUCCUCCUCUGCUGUUCAGUGGCCUAUCUGUCCGUCCCCCUCACCGACGUAUCCCGGCGACCCGCAUCGCAUCUUCAUGGCUUGCUCCUGACUCAAAAAUGCCGCCAAUCCAAAAUCGAUCAACUUGAUGGAGGUGGGGUCGUCCUCGCGCUCUAUGAUCAGGUUCUCCGUCUUGAGGUCUCGAUGGACCACCUCAUGCUCAGCCAAGGUGACCAGUGCAGACAACAGACGACCGAGAGCUAUGCGUGCCGACGGCUCAUCGUAUGGACCUGUAACACCAUGGAUUGCACCGAGCGGAAGGACUGAUGAUGUCUGCAGCUUGUCGAAGUCAGCUGACCGUGUUGUGCGAUGUGGUCGAAGAGCUCGCCUCCCUUCAGGUACUCCAGAACAAGAAACACGUGGUUCGCUAAGCACACAAACAAGGGGCAGGUCGGCAGAGGUGUCACGCGUGUCUCAGUGUCUCUAAUGCCGCCUUGUGUACCCCUCUCGUAUGCCGCGAAGAGGCGGCUGACGUAUGGGUGCUGAACCUUUCUCAGCACCCCUAUCUCAGUUGCCAAUUUGCUCUCCUUGAUCCGCCUCUUGUCGAUGGCUGAUGGAGGCACACACACAUGCUGUGCUGCACAUGCUGUGCUGCAGCUGCCAUUGUCUCUCUGUCAGGGUCACCCUUGACCACCACCUCCUCCCCUGUAAACAGGUGUUUCGCCAUGUACACCUGAAAUCAUACGCACACACUUGUAAAACAUCUCUGCAGCCCUCUUGCCGCCUGUCUGUCUGUCUGUCCUAAUCUACACCGACCCACCCGAGCAAAGGACCCCUCGCCCACACAUUCAGUGAGCUUAUAGAUGUCGCUGAACAUCAGCUCAGUGCUGCCCAACUGCAGCAGGAUGCUCCGCCACUUUGAGCAGUAUGACCAGUCGGCCUCCGUGCAUAUGCUGGCGGGCGCCCACUUGCCGUCCGCAGGCGAGGCGCCUCUGAACGCCUCAAAGUCCUCCUCGCCAUUUGUGGGGGCAUGGGAGGCCGAUUCACCACAAGCAUCGGCAGCCACUGCCUGCAUCAAAGAUGGUUGAGGAAAGAGGCGCUGGAUCGUCUGCGUCGUGCAUGGCUUGAAAUUCGUGUGUACCGGCUGUGUUGGGGGCGAUACGAUGGGCAGCGUGCUCUGUGCUGGCAGUGAGGGUGCAGGUGCUGGUGGGGCAGUGCACUGAAACUCGUGCUCGCCAGACCGGCUGAUGAGGUACAGACAGGGGCUGCAGUCCAAGGCAGGCCCACAUCCGUUCACGGCAGUGACGUAUAUAUGGACAGGUAGGUGCAGUGCAAGCCUGUUUGUCCCUUAAUUGUGUGCGUACGGUAGGUACCCCUUCUCAGUGAUGUUGUUGACGAAGCGACCUGAUCGUGAGAUGCACACUCAAGUGGAUCGGAUGCGUCCGUGACUUGUUACUCUCUUUGAUGGGUAUGCGGAACUUGGCCUUGGCGUCGUGUGUCAUGGACUCGUGACGCCAAAGCAACAGCUCAACUCCCGUGUCAUAGGCACGGAAACUCACGUGAGUCGUCACGCCUGAACACAAACAAACCAUGCCACUGAGACUAUGAGUGUGCGCAUCAACCGUACGUAUACCUGUGACUUACCUGUGGCCAGCGGCAGAUAGUAACGCUGCCUUUCCAUGCCGAGCUCCUCAUUCGAGCCGGAACGCUCCACCAUGUUCUGAUGCUUGCCAAGUCAACGGCAUGGGUGGGG